ACUUGGCUGCGACGCCGCGACGAUAGAUGUUUGGAAACGCGGGGAAAAGUCUACGUGGUGUGUAGGAAUGGACACUCAGAAGGACGUUCAACCCCCAAAGCAGCAGCCAAUGAUCUAUAUCUGUGGAGAAUGUCACACAGAAAAUGAAAUAAAAUCCAGGGAUCCAAUCAGAUGCAGAGAAUGUGGAUACAGAAUAAUGUACAAGAAAAGAACUAAAAGAUUGGUGGUUUUUGAUGCUCGAUGAAACAUGGGAAUUCAGAGGAGUGUCUUCCUUUGUAUCUGGAUUUGACCCUUGAAUGUUUCUCGUUAUUAUACAGCUUUUCAUUUAGCACACUUAUCUUAUGAAUACAACUGUAUACAUAUAAUUUCAUUUUAUUUCAUUUUCCAAGUCAAAUUGUGUUUAGGUAUCAGUAAUUUGUGUAAAGAUUGUGUAAAUUAAAUGACUUAAUUUAAUUUUAUUGUAUUAUGUGAUCAGACACAAAAUGAAAAAUUAAAAUUGCUUCCCCAAAUCACACUUUUAAUUAAACACUUUUAGAAAUGCAAGUUUCUAAAGUCCUGUAAAAUUCUGAUGAAAGAAGUUCCUUGGAAACCAUAAUUAUAUGUUGUGAACUGUUGGUAAACUCUCUAGCAUUAUUUGGUACAGAUUAAAUUAGUCUACUUGCUCUCAGUAUAAAGAUAUAAAAAAAUUCAAAACUAGUAGGUAAAAUCAGAAAUGAAUAGACAUAAAGGAAUAGCUGAGAAUAUGUAAAAACAAGUUGCUUCUUCACACAUACAGGGUCAUAUGCAUGCCUACCCUUCUGAAAUAAGUUCUGUAUAGAAAAUUAGUCAAAGUGGAAUAGAUACUUGAGUAGAAGACUGAAAGAUUAGAAGGAGCAUUACUGGAAUAGGGGAAAGAGCCAGUGUAAAAGCUAUGGGGCAAACUGUGAACUUACUUUGUUCCCACUUCAAAAUGAAGCGCAUGUGACUUACACUUCAUGAACAGUGAGAUAGUGGAAAAAGGUGAGGUUGCAUUUUUGUCACUGGAUGCCACCAAGAAAGCAUUGUUAGAGUCUUCCUACUACCAUCAUCUCUAAAUCAGAGUCCCCAGAGCACCUGAACAUCUGCAGAAGCUAUUCAUCAAAGGACUGAGCUUUGAAACAACUGAUGAGAGUCUGAGAUGCUAUUUUGAGUAAUCGGGAACACUCACGGACUGUGUGGUAAUGAGAGACCCAAACAUCAAGUGCUCCAGGAGCUUUGGGUUUGUCACUUAUGCCACUGUGGAGGAAGUGGACACAGCCAUGAGUGCAGGACCACACAAGAUACAUGAAAGAGAUGUGGAACCAAAGAGAGCUGUCCCAAGAGAAGAUUUUCAAAGACCAUGGGCAUACUUAACUAUGUAAAAGACCUUUGUUGGUGGCAUUAAAGAAGUCACUGAAGAACAUCACAUGAGAUUAUUGUGAACAGUUUGAGAAAACUGAAGUUAUUGAAAUCACGACUGACUGAGACAGUGAAAAGACGAGGGCCUUUGCUUUUGUACCUUUGGAUGACCAUUACUGUGGAUAAGAUUGUCAUUCAGAAAUACCAUACUGUGAAUGGCCACAACUGAAGUGAUGAAAGCCCUGUCAAAGCAAAAGAUGGCUAGUGUUUAAUUUAGCCAAAGAAGUCCAAGUCUUGGAAACUUUGGUGGUUGUAGAGGUGUAGAAAUGACAGUUUUGGUCUUGGAGAAAACUUGAGUGGUUGUGUUGAUUUUGGUGGCAGUGGGGAUGGCUACAAUGGAUUUGGUAAUGAUGGAACCAAUUUUGGAGGUGGUGGAAGCUCAUUUAAUUAUUUUGGCAAUUACAACAAUGAGUUAUCAAAUUUUGGACCCACCAAGGGUGGAAACUGGAGGCAGAAUCUCUGGACUCCUUGGUGUUAGAGGCCAAUAGUUUGCUAAAUCACAAAACCAAGGUGGCUAUGGUGGUUCCAGCAAUAGCAGGAGCUAUGACAGUGGUAGAAGGUUUUACUACUGCCAGGAAACAGCAGGACAGGAGAGCCAGAGAAGUGACAGGGAAGCUACAGCUACAGAUUUGUGAACUUAUCUAAGCACAGUGGUAACAGGGCCUAGCUGCAACAAAGAAGAAAUGAUUUAGACAGUACUCAUAUGUAUAGACAAAAAAACUUGACUGUAUUUGUGAUAAAUUGUAUAACAGGUCAUCUUAGUUUCUGUUCUGUGGAAAGUGUAAAGUAUUCUAUCAAAGA